AUGCCAGUGAGCCUCUCCACGGCCCUGCGCGUCGUCGGACCCAGCCUCUUCGCCCUGGCGGUGCUGGGGGGCAUCCUUGCUGCCUACGUCACGGGGUACCAGUUCAUCCACACGGAGAAGCACUACCUCUCCUUCGGGCUCUACGGGGCCAUCCUGGGGCUGCACCUCUUCAUCCAAAGCCUUUUUGCCUUCCUGGAGCACCGACGCAUGCGGGGCGAGGGGCAGCCGGUGCGGCUGGGGCGCUCGGUGGCCCUCUGCAUCGCUGCCUACCAGGAGGAUCCCGACUACCUGAAGAAGUGCCUGCGCUCCGUCAAGCGCAUCGCCUUCCCCGACCUCAAAGUGGUGAUGGUGGUGGAUGGGAAUGGCCCCGAUGACACCUACAUGCUGGACAUCUUCCACGCUGUGAUGGGCUCUGAGCGCUCGGGCAGCUACAUCUGGAGGAGCAACUUCCACGCGUGGGGCGAGGGGGAGACGGAGGCCGGGCUGCGGGAAGGGCUGGCCCACGUCCAGGCGCUGGUGCGCGGCACCACCUACUCCUGCAUCCUUCAGAAGUGGGGCGGGAAGCGGGAGGUGAUGUACACGGCCUUCCGGGCACUCGGAGACUCCGUGGACUACAUCCAGGUGGUACGACUCUGGAUCUCCUUCCUGAGCAGCGUGCGGUACUGGAUGGCCUUCAACGUGGAGCGCGCCUGCCAGUCCUACUUCGGCUGCGUGCAGUGCAUCAGCGGGCCCCUGGGCAUGUACCGCAACGCCCUGCUGCAGCAGUUCCUCGAAGACUGGUACCACCAGACCUUCCUGGGCAGCAAGUGCAGCUUUGGGGACGACCGGCACCUCACCAACCGCGUGCUCAGCCUGGGCUACCAGACCAAGUACACGGCUCGCUCCAAGUGCCUGACGGAGACGCCCACCCGCUACCUGCGCUGGCUCAACCAGCAGACCCGCUGGAGCAAGUCCUACUUCCGCGAGUGGCUCUACAAUGCCCUGUGGUUCCACAAGCUCCACCUCUGGAUGACCUCCGAGUCGGUGGUGACCGGCUUCUUCCCCUUCUUCCUCAUCGCCACCGUCAUCCAGCUCUUCUACCGCGGCCGCAUC